UAUAGACCUUCCAUGUGAGCAUCCCAAGCGAGCAUGAGCGUGACCUGUUUGCCAAGGUUGUUGGACUGGAAGGUCAAAUUCCUGACGAAGGGACGGGAUGUCAUUGUUUCAGGUGAUUAAACAAAAAGUGUACUAGUAAUGGAGGUUGAGUGAGCUUGAUUUCUGUAGUUAGAGUUUCGGCAAAGAGGCGUUUAUAUGAUUCGGCUAUAUAGUAGGCUGUACCUCCUUCCUUAGUUUGCGAUAUGGUCAGCGUUUUCCUUGUGCCUUGGUACCUGACGCUGGGUGUCCUAAUUAUUUGAUAACGUGGGAGCACAUGAUGGCCAUUGACUUGGUAGACAGCCGGCUUCUCCACAACCCGAUUUCCCUGGGCGUUUGAGAUGCGCGCUGGGAGGUUUGUAGCUGAUGUUGAUUGGCUAUCAUACCUUUUUCCUGAUGUUAGGGAUCAGUACCGAGUGCCAAGCACUGUUUGAUCUGCAGGGUGUUCAGUCACGGGAAGCCCAUAGGCCAGGGCGCAUUUUACAACGCGUGAUUGCAAUAUCCAUAGUCCUGGCUCCGUCGGCCGGAGUCGAGUCUGGGGUGAAUGAACUGUCAAAGUCAAAGUUCAGUCAAACAAGCUGCAAGACGCCCAUCCUGCUUCAACCGGUGGGAUGCCGAAUACCGGUUCACUUGCGCUGUUAAGACCCUCCAAGCCCUCGCCUUCCUUGUGCAUUUCCACCCGCAGUAUUGUAUACCAAACUUGAUAGUUUUGUGGUACCAACAGCAGGCGAGGGACGAAGACGUACGGUUGAAUAUCCUUUCGUAAGAGUUGGUGCCACCACACACACGCAUGUCACUGCAAAAGCUAUCAAUCUGGCUCGGUCC